UAGAACAACUUAUCUUUCUGACCUGCACAAAUUUAUAUGCAUUGCUUUGUUUUUUUUUAGGGGAAAGGAUAAGCUACUAAACUAGUUCCAUCAGCCAUGUCUUGCUCUUCUGGUACUGCUACUGCAACAGGUGUUUUUGAGAUUGGGAAAUACACAACAGUGCUUCAAAAAGUAGAAUCAGAAACAUGUUCCACAAAAUCUUCACUUGCUGUUCCACCUCCAAAGCCACUCUUGAUUGCCAUGCCAUGUGAAGCAGGAGAAUUCCCAAUUCUAAUGUUCCUCCAUGGUUACCUUCUCUAUAACUCUUUCUAUUCUCUCCUCAUCCAACAUGUUGCUUCUCAUGGCUUCAUUGUUAUUGCUCCUCAGUUGUACACUGUGGCUGGGGCAGAUUCAAGUGAGGAGAUAAAAUCCACAGCUGCAAUAACAAACUGGUUAUCCAAAGGGCUGCAAGAAGUGCUGCCACUCCAUGUCCAACCAAAACUAAGCAAGAUAGGACUUGCAGGCCAUAGUCGAGGAGGAAAGACUGCUUUUGCACUAGCUCUACAGAAAGCAGCCUCCACGCUAAGAUUUUCAGCAAUAAUAGGGGUAGACCCAGUUGAUGGAAUGGACAAAGGGAAACAAACACCUCCACCGGUACUCACCUAUGUUCCUCAUUCGUUUGAUCUCGAUAUGGCAGCAAUGGUAAUUGGUUCUGGCUUAGGUGAAGUGAAAAGGAACCCUCUGUUCCCUCCUUGUGCACCCAAGGGUGUUAAUCAUGAGGACUUUUAUAAGGAAUGUCAAAAACCAGCUUGUUAUUUUGUUGUGAAGGAUUUUGGUCAUCUAGAUAUGCUAGAUGACGAUACUAGAGGGAUUAGAGGGAAAGCUACGUAUUGUUUGUGCAUGAAUGGCAAGUCCAGGGAGCCUAUGAGGAGGUUUGUUGGAGGUGUUGUGGUUGCAUUUAUGAAAGCCUAUUUGGGAGGUGACAGCAGUGAUUUAAUGGCUAUUAGAAAUGGGCAGACUGGACCAGUGGAGCUUCAAACAGCUGAAUUUCGGCUCUGAACUCUGAAUUUGAAUGAUUUUAAGAUUUGGAUGUUGCAUUUGUCAGUAAUUAGAUCAGGCUAUGGUGUACUGGAUAGCACAAUCAAUCAUACAUAUAUUCAAGUUAUUUUAAAGGAUAGAAUUAGAAACAAAUUUCUUCACUGGAGAGAUUUGUGAUUUGCUCUUUGUUCUACAAAAACUAUGACGAUUCUGUUUUUAUUGUUUGUAAUCAUCAUCUCUCAAUUUAGAACAAAGAAAGAGUGCACUCUCUUUUUUUC